AUGAAAUCUUUCGCAUACAGAGAAGCUCCCCGCUUGUUCUCCCGGUCUAGCACUGCACAAAGAGCACCAAUUGCAGCUUACACAACAACAUGGGCACAAGGGCAAAGGAGAGGGUUUGCCGGUUCUACAGCGCGAUUGGCGGUCAAGCCAUACCUUUUGGCGGAUAUUGGAGAGGGUAUCACCGAAUGUCAGGUCAUACAAUGGUUCGUAAAACCAGGUGCGCGGGUCGAGCAGUUCGACCCGAUCUGCGAGGUGCAAUCAGACAAAGCUUCAGUAGAAAUCACAUCUCGGUUCGAUGGUGUCAUCAAGAAGCUGUACUAUGAGCCGGACGAUAUGGCUAAGGUCGGCAAGCCAUUAGUCGACAUCGACAUCCAGAGCGAAAUAUCAGCGGCCGACGAGGCAUUGCUCAACGGGAGCUCAGACAAGCGGGCUGCGGAAGAGGCCUCGAAGCCAGCUCAGCCACAGGCGCAGGAAUUGGAGGUCGGAAGGAACGACACGAAGGCUGCAGCCGAAAAUGUGUCUUCGUCCGAGCAAUCAAUGUCCCUGCGACCCGAGCCUUUGACCGAGCAGCCGAAACCACAACGGCAGUCAGGAAAGCAUGCAUCGUUGGCAACGCCUGCGGUCCGAGGCAUGCUGAAAGACCUGAGGCUGAAUAUUGAAGACAUCGAAGGAACUGGCAAGGAAGGACGCGUCCUGAAGGAGGAUAUUCAGAGGCACGCACAGGCUGCGAAGCAAGCGUCGAGCUCUACAUCAGCCCCAACAACGGUGGCGGCAGUGGCUUCGCAACAAGUCGAAGACCGUGUUCACGCCCUGACGCCGGUCCAGUCAGGGAUGUUCAAACAGAUGACCAAGUCACUGUCCAUACCUCAUUUCCUUUUCACCGACAGCAUCGACUUCAGCUCCCUGACGCAACUACGUAGGAAGUACAACGUUAACCGUGAUAAGGCCGAGCGCAUAACACCACUGCCAAUCAUCAUCAAGGCGGUGUCGUUGGCUCUGCAACAGUUUCCGCUCCUCAAUGCACAUCUCGAUACUACGACAAACCCGGCUAAGCCACAACUGUCAAUCAAGGGCGGUCACAACAUUGGUGUAGCCGUCGACUCACCAUCUGGUCUACUGGUGCCUGUCAUCAAGAAUGUUCAGAACCACAGCAUCAGAUCAUUGUCACAAGAGAUAACGCGUCUUGCUGACCUUGCUCGCGCCGGCAAGCUUACAUCUGCGGAUCUGUCAGGCGCCACGUUCACACUCAGCAACAUUGGGAGUAUUGGCGGCUCGGCUGUUGCCCCUGUCAUUGUCACUCCUCAAGUGGGUAUCUUAGGCAUUGGCCGAGCAAAGGUGAUACCCGCAUUCGGCGAAAAUGGAGAGCUGGUAAAGAGGGAGGAGUGUGUGUUCAGUUGGAGCGCAGAUCAUCGGGUGAUUGAUGGUGCAUAUGUUGCUAGGGCGGCGGAAGAAGUAAGGAAGUCGAUAGAAGGCGUUGAAAACAUGUUGGUAACAUUGAGAUGA